CGUAUGGAGGAGGAGGACACUCAAGCGGUUGCUGAUUGGCUCACACCCGUCAACCAUGCGGCCAGACAUAGUACUCUUCUUGCCCAACAGCGAGAGGAAACUGGACAAUGGCUUCUUGCUGAAGACAAGGUGCGGUCAUGGGUUGACCUAAGCACUGUAGCUUCGGCAACGCUCACCCUCACCAAAAGCAUGGGCGAUAUGGCGGCGAGCUCGAGGGUUUUGUUCUGGCCAGGACCUCCCGGGGCAGGAAAAACAAUGCUCACUGCUGUCCUUGUCGAGCAUCUGUGCAAGCAGUUCCAAAACAAAGGUGGGAUUGGCAUCGCUUAUUUCUAUUGCGAUUACGGCUUGGACAGUGGCCAGGAACCCCCCGACAUCCUUGCAAGCAUACUCAAGCAGCUAAUCCAAAAACGACGUGCUUUGUCCGACAGUGUACGACGACUCUACGGGGAGCACAAAUGGGAUCGAACACGACCCUCGUCUCGGGAGGUUUCAGAUACGCUGAGUUCUGUUGCCAAGGAGUUCUCCAGCAUAUUCAUCCUCGUCGACGGCCUGGACGAAUACGAACUCAGGUCCAAAUCAUGGACUUCCACCUUGGCGGAAAUUAAAAAAUUACGCCCUACCGAGUCCCCGGUCCGCAUCCUCGCAACGUCUUCGGACAUUCCCGCGGUCAGUGGAGAGUUCAAAGGGUAUGAUUCGAUAAUGAUACGUGCGAAUCCUGAAGACCUUCACCGAUAUGUGCAAGGGAGGAUCUUUGACCUUCGACCAUUCGUCUGGAGAGAUGCCGAUCUUCAGGAAACAAUCAAAACUGAGACUGUUAAGAUAGCGGGCGGAAUAUUUCUCGUCGCACAAAUGAUCAUGGAUUCCUUAAGGGACAAGUCGUCAAAGGCAGAAGUCACAGAAGCACUGAAAGCUUUCUCGCCGGAGGGUAAGGCAUCUGGAACCGGCAGUGGGGUUGAUGCAUUGGACCUUGCAUAUUCCCAAAUUGGGGAGAAGAUUGAUGGACAGUUGGACGGCCUUCGGAAACUCGCGAUGGCUGUUAUGGCUUGGGUUACUUGCGCCAGAAGGCCGCUGACCCUGCCAGAACUCCGCCGGGCUGUUUCUAUGAAGCUCGGUCAGAAGAAACUCGACACGGCUGGCCUUCCCGACGCCGUCGAUGUCCUUUCCGUGUGCGGUGGUUUACUAACCGUGGUGGAAGAUUCCGAGGUUGUCCGCUUCGUUCACCCCACCGCAAAGGAGUACUUCAAACGCAACAUUGCCGACAAGUUUCCCGAACCAGAGAAGUCCAUCGCCGGUAUUUGCAUCACCUGCCUAUCGUUUGAUGAGUUCACUGGGUUUUGCUCAUCACGGGAGGAGUUCGACGCUCGAGCCAAGCACAAUCCAUUUUACGAUUACGCUGCGAAGUGUUGGGGGCAUCAUGCUCGG